CUUAAGGAAACAACAGAUAGAAAAAACAUAAACUUUGUUACAGAAGGCAUAAUAUCUGUGAUUCAAUUGCGAAAUGAUUUGUCUCAAAUUCUUUUUUACGAUUAUUACAAUAAUAGAGCAAAUCAAAAUUACUUCGACUUAAGUGCUAAUGUAUUAACAUUCGAAAAUGUCAUGAAAUUCAGCGGUAAUAUCGAUGAAUAUAAAAAUCAAUUUAUUGUUCCUAAAAGUACACAUGAGCAUAUACAUGUGCUAAAAAAUAUGUUUUAUAUUGAGGAGUUUAAAUUCUUGUUAACACAAUUUCCACAAGGAAUUGAUCGCAAAUCAAUCGAAGAAUAUUGCAAUAUAGAAAUGUCUCACUAUGAAAAGCUAUCUUGGAUACGAAAUGAGUUAGACAGAUAUAGUGUGAAAGCUGAAGAAGAACAGCUUUUGGAAGAAAUUUGUACUUUCAUAGCACAACGUAUUCAACCUCGAAAAUAUGUAUGUUACACGAAUAUAAGUGCAUCAUUGGAUACAAUCGCACAAGAGAUACUGAAUUCUCUUAGAAAGAAGCAUCCGAACCAUUCGAUAUUCUUCACUUCUGAUGAAACUUUUUCUUAUUGGAAAACCAACAAUAUCGAAGAUAAUCAUUGGAAUGAAACAGAAAGCACGCAGAUUAUGGAUACACUCCAGGAAUAUAUAUUUGGCACUUUGAAUUUUCGACCAUGUAUCUCCUCACCCGAAAAUAUCAAAUAUUUGUGUAUAGAUUAUGUUUUACAAAGUAAAUUUGGUAAAGAUAUCAUUGUAUAUACAAUAUUUCAUAGCGUGGCUAGAAGACUUGGUCUACGUUGCGAUGUACGAGUACUACAUAUUAUCGAUAAUUUCGAUAUAUUUUGGAAACCAAAAUUCGUCACGGAUAAUUUAGAAAAUGCACGAAAAUUUUACAUAAAAUACAAGGAUUACCCGAAUUGUCAUACUGAUAAUCGAUCAUUAAUUUGGGGACGAGUCUUAACAACUAGAAAGAUGUUGGUGUAUACAACAAAUAUCGUUGCCGCAUUUAUAAAAGAACAUACAUAUAUAAUAAGAGCUUUGCUUUUAUCUGGAAAUAAUUAAAUAGAGCUUUAUAUAAGAACUUCUGAUAUGAUUAAAAUGUAUUUUAUCUUUUGUAAUCAUAUUAUGAUGAUAAGUAUUAUGAGUGCAAAUUAUAUACAUAUGAUGCAAAAUGUGAGUAAUUAUAUUAAUUUGAGCAUAUUUAUGUAUACUCAUAAUGACAUUUUUUACAAACAGUUUCAAGAUAUCAUAUGUCCGUGUUUUGAGUAGCAUAUAAGCCUGCAUCUGUAUCUAUUUUUGUCAUCAUGUUUUAAGAAAUAUGAGUACAAUAUGAGUAAAGUACAUCCGUGCACUAACAAUCGCAUAUUAGUAUAUAAUAUAUACAAUUGUAAAAAUAUUGAACAUUGUGAGAUUCUUUUAGAUAACAAUUCUUUUACAUAACAAUAUGUAUAAUUUACAAUUUUUUAUAAAUUAACGUGAUUUAGUGUUUAUUGAAACAUUUACUCACAAAAAAUCAAUUAAAGUACAAAUUUUACAGUUUGUGUCUUAGAUUUUGUUUUAAAUAGUAACACAAAUAAAUAAAAACGUAAAAUAUGCCAUAGUUGCAUGGAUCAACAUAAUAGACAGAUGUUAUAUUGACGCAUAUAUAUGUACAUACAUAUAUAUGUUCGACUUUUGUAGAGAAAUACUAUGCCCUAUUUUUGUAUGCAAUGUCAAUUGAGAAUCAACGACGAAUAAAAUGUAUUUAUCGUUCUCUA